UAGAGAAAACAGCAUAUUAGCUGUUUAAAUGAAAAUGAAUAAUCAAAGUGACAAACAGCUUGUUCGAUCCUCUCUCGCGCGGAAUAUAUAUGUUCUUGUUGAGGUUCUCUUGGUUUAUUGUUUUUGUCGGAACCUAGUGCUCCGAUUCUCUCACGUUCUACAAAUAUCUAGUCGUUAAGAUUCCGCUAUCGAUCUUAGCGGGACAACAAUUUAUGUUGUUGUAUGAUAGCAUCGAUGAAUAUCUUCAAUUCAGCCAUUUAAAUGACUCUGGAACAAUUCCACACAUAGCAACUAAGAAUUUGUUGAAUUUUGUCUGACAAGACAGUUAAGCUGCAGGAAGCUAAGCGAGGGAUGGCAGAGGCCGCGGAGCCGGUAAUGGGGACUGCUAUAUCGUAUAAUGCGCUGUAUGAGGAAGUUAAUGAUAUGAUGGCCAAGAAUUUAAUUUUCCAGCCCCUCCUCAAAGAUCUGAAAUCCAAGCUAGACACCUUACAAGUAUUCUUCCAAGACAUGGCGCGAUAUAAGCAUUCACACCCACAAAAGGAGGAACUAGAAGCAUGUAGAACACAAAUAGAACAGGGCAGAACGGUGAUUCACAAGUGCUCCCACGUUAGCAAAUGGAAUAUGUAUAAAAAGAACAAGUAUACUAACCAACUACUAGGAUUGAUAAAAUCUCUUGAAAGAUUGUCAGAAAUACUGAAAGGUACUCAGGUGGAAAUGGAUGUGAAGGAGUCCUUGGUUGCGAUAAGGAAUAUAGAAACCAUGUUUGAGACAAAAGCUUUGUCCACAAUACCUGAACUCCCAUCCUUUGUUGUUGGAUUUGAUGUGCAUUUGAGCGAACUGAAGAUCAAGCUUCUCAGUAACGAUGAAGCAUCAAUGCUAGUGCUGACUGGUAUGGGAGGAUGCGGGAAAACCCUAUUGGCAACACUAUUUUGUCAGGAUGACGCAGUCAAAGAUAAAUUCAAGGACAACAUCUUCUUUGUCACCGUAUCAAGAAAUCUCAACUUUGAACAUAUUGUUCAGCAACUAUAUCAACAGAAGCGUUCUCCGGUACCUGCUUUGGAACAGAAGCGUUCUCCGGUACCUGCUUUGGAACAGAAGCGUUCUCCGGUACCUACAUUCCAAAGCAAGACAAUGGCAGUUACUUGUCUACAACAGUUUUUAAAAGCGGAAGGAAAUAAACCUUUAUUGUUGGUAUUGGAUGAUGUUUGGUCUGGAUCCGAGUCCCUUCUUGAAGUAGUUGAUGAAUUGAAAAUGCCAAAUUACAAAAUUUUGAUUACAUCAAGAUCUUCAUUUCCAAGAUUUUCCUCUCCAUACUACAUGGAACCACUGAAUUAUGAGAAUGCAAUGACCCUGUUUCAUCAUUCAGCAUCCUUGGGAGAUAAGAGCUCUUAUAUUCCACACACUCUUUCAAGAAAGGUACUGGAGCAGUGUAAGGGGAUUCCACUUGUCAUCACAGCAAUUGGAAGAUCACUUUGUGCUCAACCUGUAGAGAUGUGGAAAAGAAGAGUAUCUGAAUUGUCUAAAAAUCACUCUGUUCUUGAAUAUGAGACUGAAGUGUUUCUUUGCCUCAAAAGUAGCCUAGAUGCUUUGGACGAAAUGCCUAUCCUAAAAAAAUGUUUCUUUGAUCUUGCUUCAUUUCCUAGCAACCGAAGAAUCCCUGUUGCUGCUCUCAUUGAUAUGUGGAUAGAGUUAUACGAUCUAGAGGAAGAAAUUUUGUGCAUUGGGAACAUUUAUGAUCUCACCACCCGAAGUUUAGCUAAUGUUGUAGUCCCAAGGAAGCUGGAAGAAAAGGAAGGAGAUGGAUACUACAUUGACUAUUUUGUUACCCAGCAUGAUUUUCUUAGAGAUCUAGCUAUUUGUCAUUGUAAACGAGAGAGCAUACAGCACGGAGAAAAGCUGUUUAUUGACUUACACGGAAACAAUUUACCCAAGUGGUGGAGGGAACAGAAGUAUCAGUCCAUUGAAGCUCGCCUAGCGUCUAUCUCAACAGAUGAAAGCUUCUCAAUGGCAUGGCCCUACAUGCACCUACCCGAAGCCGAGGUUCUAAUCUUGAAUUUUGAUACAAACAACUAUGCCUUGCCUGAGUUUGUGGAGGGCAUGGUUGAGCUGAAGGUACUUGUGGUGACAAACUAUGGUUCUUUACCUGUUGAAUUAAGAAAUUUUCAACUGUUGAGUUCGUUACCAAAACUGAAGAGAAUCAGACUAGAGCGCAUUUCAAUUGCUUCCAUAACCAACAUCCCAAUCGAAUUGAAGAGAGUACAGAAGAUAUCAUUGUUCAUGUGCGGCAUCGGUCAAGCUUUCAGCAAUUGUCCUAUCAAAAUUUCAGAUGCAUUUCCAAAUCUAGAAGAAAUGAACAUUGACUAUUGCAAUGAUUUGGUGGAAUUGCCUACAGAGCUUUGUGAUCUUGUUCACCUUAAGAGACUCUGCAUCACCAACUGUCAUAAGCUAUCUGCAUUGCCUGUAGAGAUAGGGAAGUUGAUCAAUUUGGAAGUUUUGAGACUAAGGUCUUGUAAAAACUUGGAAGGUUUACCAUGCUCGAUAAAGAACCUGGGAAAGUUAAACUUCUUGGAUAUAGCGGAAUGCUCUAGGUUGCAAGAGCUGCCUGAAUCAGUUUUGGCUCUUGAGCAACUAAAGGAAGUGAUAUGUGAUGAAGAUAUGGAAGGACAAUGGACAAUCACUCAGCCCAACAUAAGGAUAAAGGUCCUCAAAGAAGAAGUCAACCAAAAUUGGCUCUCACUCAUGAAAGAUGCCUUAAAUGUUGGGCAAUGUUAAUUAUUGCGGCUGUUUUUCAUUUUUAUUUCCUAAUUUUUCUCCUUUGCAUUUUGAUUUUUCUCUUUUUGGUUGUUAAUUUGUAAUAGCAUGCCAUUGGUGUAGGAGAACAUUGUGCUAGUGUCUUUGAUGACGAGUGAUCGAAACUCCUCCCAUCCUUUUGGGUCUUUCACAACUAGCUGCAAAUUAAUGCUUCCAUGGUCAGUUUAUGAGGAUGUGCUAAAGCAUAUUUGUAGGGAGUUUGCUUGGUUACUCAUGUUAGCUCAGUAUCUCGAUCUGUUUCCUUGAUGUGUUAAAGCAUCUUAAAUCCCUAUUUG